GGUGGCAGCCAUAUUUAGGAAAAUAUCUAUCAGCUGCCAUAAUUUGCAAUCUUAUUUUUCAGUCGGCAUUUUACUUGUUAUUGUACCCUAUACUGUAUAUAUAUACAUAUAUGUAUAUACAAGAAUAUCAAAUUAAUUUUAUUCAAAACGAACAACACAAAGCAUUAUUUACACUUGACCCAUUAUCCGUUCCGAUUCCGCAGCAAGCAAUGAGUGCCCAGCCGAGUCCCUGCAUGAAUCCACAGCAGCAACAGCAGCCCACUGAGCAGGAAAAGGUUUACCAAUGGAUCAACGAGCUUACACAUCCGGACACGCGAGAGACGGCAUUGCUGGAGUUGAGCAAGAAGCGAGAAACCGAUCUGGCACCGAUGCUGUGGAAUAGUUUUGGCACCACUUGCGCUUUGCUGCAGGAGAUUGUUAAUAUUUAUCCAUCGAUAACGCCACCCACGUUGACGGCCCAUCAAUCGAAUCGAGUUUGCAAUGCGCUAGCGUUGCUGCAGUGCGUCGCCUCACAUCCGGAGACGCGAACAGCAUUUUUGCAGGCCCAAAUACCUUUGUAUUUGUAUCCAUUUCUAUCGACCAUCUCGAAGACGCGACCAUUUGAAUAUUUGCGUUUGACCAGUUUGGGUGUUAUUGGUGCGCUGGUCAAGACCGAUGAGCAGGAGGUGAUCACAUUUUUGUUAACGACUGAAAUUGUACCGUUAUGCCUUACGAUCAUGGACAGUGGAUCGGAGUUGAGUAAAACGGUUGCCACAUUUAUCAUACAGAAAAUCCUGCUCGACGAAUCCGGUUUGUCGUACAUCUGUCAAACGUACGAACGGUUCUCGCAUGUCGCCAUCACACUGGGCAAAAUGGUAAUACAGCUGUCAAAGGAUCCGUGUGCGCGCCUGUUAAAGCAUGUCGUACGCUGCUAUCUACGCCUCUCUGACAAUACACGCGCACGCAAGGCACUUGGCCAGUGCUUGCCGGAUCAGCUGCGUGAUGGGACCUUUACGCAGUGUUUGCAAGAUGAUAAAUCCACCAAGCAAUGGCUACAGAUGCUCAUUAAAAAUUUGGAGCCAGGCGCCCCACAGCCGCUGGGCGCCGAUCCGCGUCAAAUUGGCAUGUCGCCAUUGGGCCCCUGAGCCCUGUACUUUAUCCGCCCCCCGCCACCCAUAAUAUUGCACAGGCCGUAUUAAUCAUAAAAAUUUACAGUUUAGCUAUAAGCAUAUCCCCACAACCACUUCCUUCCCGCCUUCCUUCCCGCCUUCCUUCCUUUCUUGUGCGAAUCGUCUUAAUCCGAAUGCACACACACACACACACACACACAUGCACAUAUAUAAACAUCAUGUUUGAAACAUUAGCGUAUUAGGAAGAUAGUUAGAACCCUAAAAAAAGAUUGAAAUAAAUCAAGUAAGACAGGCGAUCGUAGAAUGCCGCACAUUAUUUACCCUUGCGGAGCCAAGUCAAUCAUCGUCCUCAUCUAAAUUUCGCAAUUAAUUACCAAAAUAAUAAUAAUAAAACCCGUUCGAUUGUUCCUAUGCUAAGAUUAAGUAGUCCGAUAUCGAUGAGAUCUAUACGCAAAUAACAAUGAUGCAGAUCUGAUCACUAAGCAUAUAUAUAUUUUUUUAUGGAGUCGGAGUUGUCUCCCCCCAAAUCGAUAUAAACUCCAUGACAAAAUUAUAGGAACCACUGCAAGGGUAAAUAUAUAUACAUAUAUAUAUAUAUAUAUAU